UGAAGGUGUCCAUAAAGAAACACUGGAGCUCCGUUCCGUAGUCACUUGUGCAGCAGCUGUCGUGGAGUUGAGAUCGCUCUUUUUUCUUCCCUCCAAAGACAACGUGUGAGACAUAUCGCCCAAACGCAGACCUCAAGCUGCGAGUAAAAGUGAUACGAGUGAACGAAAGCAAAAGUGCUCUGUGAGUGAAAUUUUGGUGUUGUUUGUAAAAAUGAAGGAGUUUCCGGAGAAAGCUCUAACACCCGCCGAUGAUUAUGUUUUCCAAUUGAAUGAUGAUCUUAAGGAGUGUGCAGAACGUGAACUUCGCGAAACAAAUGCAAUUAGAAAAUCAACCCUUGAAGCCAUCAGAAAUUGGUUGAUUCAGCACCCAAAAAUCCUCUCAACUCGUCUUGACUCCAAUUUUAUAUUGCGGUUCUUGAGGAAUAAGAAAUUCAGCGUUCCUCAGUCUCAGGAAUGUAUAGAGCGCUAUCUGCUCCUCCGUAAAGUUCGCAAUGGGGAGAUGUUUCACAAUUUGGACAUGACUGUACCAGAGAUUGAUGAUUUGUUGGAUUUGGGAUAUAUUUUUGCCUUGCCACAGCGUGACCAUUUAGGACGUAGAGUAAUUAUGCAUCGACCAGGUGUAUUCGAUGUGCAGAAGCAUAAAAACUAUCACAUGCUCAAAGUUCAUGCUCUCACAUACGAAUCCCUUCUGGAGGAUGAGGAGAAUCAAAUUCGAGGGUUUGUCUACGUUGUGGAUGCAGCUAAAAUUGGUUUGCAACACUUGACCCUCUUUACCCCACAGGAAGCCGUCAGGAUUGCCAAAAAUGCAGAACGUACCAUCCCGAUGCGUCACAAAAGGCUCGUGGCAUUCAACAUAAAUUCCAGCCUUAAAUUUGCCGUUGAUUUUGGGAUUUCACUUGUGAGUGAAAAAUUUCGGAAACGCGUUGUUCUGUGCACAAAUCUCGAGAGAGCCUACCGCUACAUUGACAAAGAUCUCCUUCCGGCUGAAUAUGGAGGCAUAAUGCCCAUGGCAGAGAUGAUAAAACUCUUCAAGAAGGAAUUGGAGGCCAAACAACCAGUGAUUCUCCACAAUGACGGAAUGCAGCUGAGAUUAGAUAUGUACCCACCGGAAGCUCUGGAAGGCUCUCUGGGCGCCAUCAAUCGAGCCUGUGGCAUUCAGACGGAUUCAAUGGGUUCCACAUUCCACGGAUUACAGGGAAGUUUCCGGAAGCUGGAGGUGGAUUGAGUAUUGUUUUAGGAGAAAAAAAAUGGGACUUGGUGUUCUUAUUUUGUAUUCCUUAUUUUUCAUUAUAUACUUUGUAUCCCCACUUCUUAGUCCGUCCAUUAAAUGAGUUUCCGGGUGA